AUUCUAUAGGCAAAGCAAUGCAGCCAUUUUACAAGAUACAGGACCCUUCUUGGGAUUGGUCUUAGAUUUACAUUUUUCUAUUUAACCAAUAUGGUAAAAACUGACUUCAACUAUCUUCUAGAGGAAGUGUAAUACAUCAUAUCCUUCUACUUUCAAGUCUUGAAAGCAUUUGUAAGACUCCUUUGGCAAAAGGUAGAAGUGAAAGACAUAUAGCCAUCAAAAUCACAGGAGGGUGGAUCUGAUCUCCAAGCAGCUUCCUGUUUUAUAGUCCUUAUAAAUGAAAUGAAGUCCACCUCCUUGGCUUCAAGCAACACACGUAACAGAGUCCAACUGGAGAGAAUUUGCUAAAUAGUGAAAAAGACUGCAGUGGAACCUCUCUGAAAACGUUGCUGUUGACUCUAGGUGGGCCUUGUGGCCCUCAUCACUGAUACAUAUAUUGGCUCCUCAAAGAACCAACUGUAUUACCAGAAGAUCUAUUUCAUGCUUCCUCUACCUCUGCAAUGGCAGAUCCUUUCCAGUUUUUAAGCCAAUCAGAUUCAGGAAGGUCUGUUGCUAGCCGAAGCAAAGGGCUACAAGAGACCAUGUCAUCGAAAGUCAGGCAUCCAUCAUCUUAUACAUCUCGGAAAAACAACCCAGGGGUGGGACAGGCUACUUUUGACCCACCUCUUGAAGCAGUUUUCUCUCCAGACCAUAUGCUAUCCUCCAAGAGGGGAGCUGACCAAAUCCAUACUGACUAUGCAGGCCUGCUGGUGAAAAACAAGACUCUUCAGACAGAGGUAAGGAAUCUUCAAAACAGGAUCCUCACAAAAGAAUCCUCCUUGCAAGAGAUGAAAUUCGAACUAGAAAAUUACAAGGAAAAUAAUGCCAGACAAUCUUCCCAGAUUCUGUCCCUGAAAGAUCAUAUAAGGGAUCUAGAGGAAAUCAAUGCUUCAGCCACCAGAAUAAAGACUUUGAAAAAUGCCAGCAUUCAGAACCUUGAAAAAGGCAACUGGGACUUAAGUGAAAGAGUUGUAGAACUUGAAAACCGUCUAAGAAUACAGCUGGUUGAAAGAGAAAAGGCAGAGCAAAAAGCAGCCAGCUUGGAGAAAAAGUUGGUGGAUACCACACAGAAAUUAGCUUCUUUUAUGAAUCUAGAUAUGAAAGGACAAGAUGAUCCUUUACAGGUUUUAGUGAUGAAGGACAGGGAUGAAGCUAACCUGGCCAAGAGUUUGGAAAGAGAAAACCUAUUUCUCUUAGAGAGACUGAGAGAUGGGCAGAAGGCUUGGGAUAAAUGUCAACAUGAUUUGAUCCACAAGGAAAAACAAAUUUCUACAAUAGACCAAAUCCCAAUCGCCCUCAACUGGGAAGCUAAAACUACUCAGAACCAGUAUCAGAGUUUUAUCAAUCAACUUGCUAUUCUUCUAAGCAACACCAAUGUAAAUGUACCACCUACAGAGGAUGCUGUGAAGGAAAGGAUACAAGAAAUCAGUACUAAUGAACAAUCUUGGAAAUAUAGAACUGAUAUCCUUCAGGAAGAGAUCGGGUUACUAACUCAGCAGAUUGAGCAUCUGCAUCAGCUUUACCAAGAAGCUUUGUGUAAUUCAUCCCAAGCUGAGGAAAGGUUUUUGGAGCAAAAGAAAUCCCUGAAGCUCUCUGAAGAGAAAACAACCACUCAUGAUUCCUUUCAAGAGAGAUGGGAUUUAGAAAAGAAGAAAGAAUAUACUCAAAGGGAAAACAAUGAAUUGAAAACUUCCCAGUCAGAAGAGUUGGAAAUGAAAUUCAGGCAAUUAGAGAAAGAAAAAAGAGAAAAUAUUCUGUGGAAUAUUGAACAGAGUUUGCAGAUCCCAACAAGUCUAAGACUGGAGGAAAAAGUGGAGAAACUUCAGAAAGAUCUCAGUGAAAUGAAAUUGUCAAAUCAAAACAUGAAAACACAACUGACAAGAGUCAGUGACCUUAAAGACAAAACCAUUGAAAAGUUACAAAAAUCUUUAAAAAAGGCUGAAACGAUUAAGGAGAAGUCAACUAAAAAAGUAAAGAAUUUGAAAACAACAUUAGACUUUACUGAGCUGGAAGCCAAAGAGGACAAAGAAAAAGCCUACCAGAUGCUAGAAGCUGUCACUAAUGAGUUAUACACAGUCAAAAAAACACUUGAAGAAGUAGUAAAACGAGAAAAACAGCUCAUAGAAUUUAGAGAAUCUGUUAUGAAGAUGAUGGGCUUUAACAUCAAAAUUCCAGACAAGGAUAUCAUUAAUCAACUCAAGCCCAUCAUACAAGCUUAUGAAGAUUCUUUAACUGCAUCUAGCAGCAGAUCAAAGAUUUCUAGCGAUUGUAAGACUGUCCAGGAGAAUGAAUGACCAAAAAAAAAGACAUUUGGCUUCUUUUUUUUUUUUCUUCAUCGCUACCAAUCAGACCACAGAAUGUUUUCUGUGACAUUUUGAAUGUAAGACCUGUGGAAGAUGUCUAGAGAAUGAAUAAAAUACAUUCGGCAUUUUCACUUUCUGGAA